GGUUAAAGCAACACGCGUUUCUGUCCGCUGUUCCGUCGGGCUUUGCGGUAGGUUUGUGGUUUACACUGCCGCUAUUGGAAAAUGCCGCUUGUUGCUAGCCCUGGUGUGGGUUACCCUCUGUUCUGGUAAAGCCCAAUAUUAAACGGUUUUAAACUUUAUAAUGAUAGCAAGCGCCUAGGUUUGAAUGUUGGCCUGAUAGUAUUUGUGGAAGGGAAAGGUCAGUAGUGACCGUGAGCAGCAUUGAUGUUUUCAAGCAACCCUUUAUAGCCAGGAUCUGUAGCAAGAUAAAGGAGUUAUGUAAAAUUACUGCAAGCUUGCCAUGUAAAGAAUUUGUUAAUCUUUAUGUUUGCUUGAUGUUGUUCAGGCUGCGACUUCCUCCGUGGCUGAAAACACAGAUUCCUAUGGGAAAGAACUAUAAUAAAUUAAAGAAUACCUUGAGAAGUUUAAAUCUCCAUACGGUCUGUGAGGAAGCUCGUUGCCCCAACAUUGGAGAGUGCUGGGGAGGUGGGGAAUACGCUACAGCUACUGCUACUAUUAUGCUGAUGGGUGACACGUGCACUAGAGGUUGCAGAUUUUGUUCAGUGAAGACAGCAAAACAUCCACCUCCCCUAGAUGCCGAGGAGCCUUACAAUACAGCCAAAGCGAUAGCUGAAUGGGGCUUGGACUACGUGGUGUUGACGUCUGUGGACAGAGACGAUUUACCGGAUGGUGGAGCAGAACACUUUGCAAAGACCGUUUCUCAUCUGAAAGAAAGGAAUCCCAAAAUUCUAGUAGAAUGCCUAACUCCUGAUUUUCGAGGGGACCUUAAAGCUGUGGAGAAAGUAGCAUUGUCAGGGCUAGAUGUAUAUGCCCACAAUGUUGAAACUGUUCCAGAAUUACAGAGGCACGUCCGCGACCCCCGCGCCGGCUUCGAGCAGUCGCUGCGCGUCCUGCGGCACGCCAAGGAGGUGCGGCCCGCGCUCGUCUCCAAAACCUCCAUCAUGCUGGGCCUGGGCGAGACGGACGAGCAGGUGCACGCCACCAUGAAGCUGCUGCGCGAGGCCGGUGUAGACUGCUUGACCCUGGGACAGUACAUGCAGCCGACGAGGCGGCACCUCAAGGUUGAAGAAUAUAUAACUCCUGAAAAAUUCAAGUACUGGGAAAAAGUAGGAAAUGAUCUUGGCUUCCAUUACACAGCUAGUGGGCCUCUGGUGCGCUCCUCUUACAAAGCAGGAGAAUUCUUCUUGAAGAACUUGGUAGAAAAAAGAAAGACAAAAGCCAUCUGAAAUGGAAACCUCUUUAAACCAACCAAAAGUGAUAAGGAUCACUUUUUUCAACCCAUGAACUUGGUUCCAGAAACACAGCAGACCAUCUGCAGAUGCAUGAAGAAACUGUCGUUCUAGAACAUUUGUCACUUGAACACUUCCCAUUACCCUACCUAAUUCUUCCUGGCAAGGGUACAAGUACUAGUUUUACUAGUAGUACUUUACCCUUCAAUAUACAUUGAGAUGAUGGAACAUAAGAAGGUUUUACUAGAACAUUUUUGUUUUUAAAAGAGCAAGGGAAGUGGAGUGGAAGAAACAAACUGAAGAUAUCAGACAAAUUUUAGUAAACAAGGCUGAUGCUACUAUCAAUAUUGCUGCAGUUAGUCUUGUUAAGAUACAAGCAUCAAGUGAGUAAAGAGGUAUUGAUAGCUUGAUGCUUAUGGUACCCUCACUGUGUAACACACAUUUGGGAAGCUGGGAGCUCCCGGGCAAGUUGUGUGCAGGGCAAGACCUGCGUGGGCUGUCCUGCCACAGGGCAGCCGGCUGGCUGAGGAGGCCUCGUGUCGCUGGGUGUUACAGGGGUGGCUCCUGCACGGAGCUGCUGCCCCCGAGCUGGGUGGCCAAGGAAGGAGCAGGAUCAGCCCAUGCGAGGGCUUGGAGCCCACAUCCUAGCAGCGCAAGAGCCACCUAGGCUGGCUUUGAGACUAACACACCUACCCUGCCGCAGGUGCUUCUUCAAAACUGCUGCUCUCCUGUACUGCAUGGCUGCUCCAGGGUGUUGUAUUGCUAUUAAAGAAAGUCUUAAUAGGUGGCCUAAGGUUUCUUCGUCAUGUUUGGUCUGAUUACCUACCUCAUAGCUGCCAAAUCACAAUGUAACAGAAAUGAAUUGCAGUGUGAGAACCAGCUGAGGGCUUAUAGUACAUUAGGAAGAACCCUGUGCUUGAUAUUUCAGUAGGUAUCUCCCUCAUAGUUGUCUGCAUUGAACAAUUUCAUCGAAAUUUGCGUAAAGCCCAGUCAGUCUUUGGGAAACAAGAAGGACUCUGUUACCAGUUCCCAGCUCUCCCUAUUCAGGUGUCCCAGAGCCAGCUGCAGUGUUUGUGCAAGUUACUGCAGACUAGAGAAAGCAGAAAGUCUCAGCAAGGUGGCAGAAGGCAGGUUUAGAACAAGCAGGCUCAGUCUACAGUGACUGCUAUAUAUUGCAUGAUGCUAUGUGUAAAUAACAUAGGCCAGUGACAUACACAGCACAAAAUGAAGUAUGGCACUGUACCUCGCCAGGCAGCGGAACAAGGUAAGCCCUGAGCUACCAGGGCCCCACUGCAGCCACAGGGCACCGAACACUAAAGCAGCAGCACGUUGUCACUCAAGUAAGGAGGAUGGCUCAGAGCCCUCAACAGCAGGCAGUGGCAUCAGGAACACCAGGCUACCUCUAGGCAUGGCAGCUGCCAGCCUUUCCUAGAGGUCUUACCAUAUAUAGCAGCUCUGGCAUCCCUGGGGAGCGGAUUCAACAGGAUAUUGCUAUGUUAAAGGUGGUGCCCUUUAAGCAGGUAACACCAGAAACAAGGGAAAAGGGAUUCUGAGCAGUAGGGGUGUUGCCAACUAGUGAAGAAAACAUUGCACAAUCAUUACCUUGCACUUUUUUUUACCCAAGAUGAGAAGUAAUGCUUCAGGAAAUUGGUUCCAAUGUUAUUUCAUGCUAGAAAUAUUUUACAAAUUGUUUCUGGGUGGUUCAUAAAAUGAUCUCAUGCUUUUACACAACCAUAUCUGGUAGCAGGCACCAAGUUACAGCAGCUACAUAAGAAACUACUUUCCAACUCUGCAGACACCAUUCUAAACCAUGCAAAGCAGGUGGUGUAACUUCAAGGAAGUGGGCAUUUUUUUUAAAUCACCUCUGAACUUCUAAGGGCCUUUAACAGCCUGUACAGUAAAAACAGUCCUAAAGCUCCCUUCCUAGUUUAAGGAGACUGCUUUAGAACCAUCCCCGUUCAGUUUUUCCAUACCUGUAUUAAAGGCACCCUGUGUGCUCAUAUGAAGCAAGAAUCCAGAAGGCUCAGGUGCAAGUUCAGCACAGGUUUCACAGACUUCCCAAUUUCAAUCCCACUGAAAUUAUGUUUAGUGACAGUUUCUAUGUCAUAUAUCAAGCGCUUGCUUUCAGCAGUUGCCACAAAGCCGUAGUAUUUUAAGAAACAUUAAUCUUCCUUGCAAUCAAAAACACUAAAUUGAGUUUUGAAAAUACAAUCUCAAGUUGAUAGACUCUUUAAGAGGAUGAAUAUUCCUUUUUGGCAGCAUUACACAGAUCUACUUCA